AUGGGAACCGUCUCUAAUUAUAUAUCUAUAACAGUGCGAAUCUGUGUCUGCGGCGACGAAGGGACGGGCAAGUCGAGCUUGAUAACGUCGCUUGUCAAGGGAGUCUUCGUCACCAACAAGAUCCAGGCCGUCCUGCCGCAAGUGACCAUCCCGCCAACCAUUGGAACGCCCGAAAAUGUGACUACGACGACCAUUGUUGACACGUCUGCCCUGCCGCAAGAUCGUAAUAUCCUUGCGAAGGAGCUUCGCAAGUCCAACGUCAUCCUCCUCGUUUACUCAGACCAUUACAGCUACGAGAGGGUGGCCCUAUUCUGGCUCCCGUACUUCCGUUCCCUGGGCGUCAACGUCCCGGUAGUAUUGUGCGCCAACAAGUCGGACCUUCUGCACGAGCAUGGCGAGUCACAGCCUAUCGAGGAGGAGAUGCUCCCGAUCAUGACGGAGUUCAAGGAGAUUGACUCAUGUAUUCGAAGUAGUGCCAGGACGCACCGGAAUGUCAACGAGUCAUUUUUCCUCUGCCAAAAGGCUGUGACGUAUCCGAUAUCGCCUCUGUACGAUUCAAAGGAGUCUGUACUCAAACCAGCAGCUGUCCAUGUGCUUCGUAGGAUAUUUUAUUUAUGUGACAGGGACCGCGAUGGAUACUUGAAUGACAGUGAAAUCGAAAACUUUCAAAGGAGAUGUUUUGGCAAACAUCUGAGCGAAGAAGACUUGGUCAACAUCAAAGAUACCAUUCGAAGAGCAUUGCCUGACUCCGUCACCCCGUCCGGCAUAGACGCCAAGGGGUUUCUUCACUUAAACAAACUAUAUGUUGAAAAGGGCCGGCAUGAGACCGUGUGGAUCAUACUUCGAGCAUUUCAGUAUACGGACAAUCUCUCUCUUCAGGAGGAAUUUUUGCAUCCGCGUUUCGAGGUGCCUCCCUUCUCCUCCGCCGAGCUCUCGCCUGCCGGAUAUCGCUUUCUUGUUGACCUCUUCUUGCUCUGUGACAAGGACAAUGACGGAGGUUUGAAUGAGGAGGAGCUUGCCUCCAUAUUUGCCCCAACACCGGGACUGCCUCCCUCGUGGACAGAGGAUUCAUUCCCAUCAUCCACGGUUCGCAACGAAGCAGGCCACGUCACCCUACAGGGCUGGCUUGCGCAAUGGAGUAUGACCACGUUUACCUCUCCCAAGACAACAUUGGAAUACCUUGCAUAUCUAGGCUUUGAGUCCUUUGACCGCAACAACCCUACUACCACCGCUGCGCUUCAAAUCACCAAACCCCGAAAACGUCGCAGGCGACCAGGGCGAGUGGGCCGGAAUGUCGUUCUUUGUCACGUCGUGGGCGCACCAGGCUCGGGUAAAUCCGCUCUUCUAGACGCCUUCUUAUCCCGGGGAUUCUACCCAUCCUACCGCCCAACCAUCCAGCCUCGCACUGCCGUAAAUACUGUAGAGCUUCCAGGCGGUAAACAGUGCUACAUGAUCCUCGAUGAGCUAGGCGAACUGGAACCUGCUAUUCUUGACAACGAGGCAAAGCUACUCGACCAGUGUGAUGUGAUUGCCUAUACAUACGAUUCAUCAGACCCAGAUUCGUUUGCCUACAUACCCAAGUUACGAGCCAAAUACCCACACCUCGAGGAACUACCAAGCGUCUUUAUUGCCCUCAAAGCUGACUUGGAUCGCACCACUCAACGAGCCGAGCUGCAACCAGAUGAAUAUACCAGUAAGUUGAACAUGUCUGGGCCGCCGUUACACGUCAGCGUAACCUGGAGUUCAAUACAGGAGUUGUUCGUGCAUAUCGCUGAAGCAGCGAUGGAGCCGAGCACCGCUUUCCCCCGUGUCGAAGAAGACGCAGAAGGCAAGUGGAUGGCAUGGGGAAUCGCCAUCGGAGCCGUUGUUUGUGCCAGCGCCGCAGCUGUUGUCAUUUGGAGGCGGGUCAGUUGGGGAGGGAAAUAUUAG